UUGCAUAAAGUUAUGCAAAAUAAUAAUGCGCAGAAGACACAACUAAUUAAGGUAUCGGUUAGUCAAACUUUUGCGUCCCUGUAGAGAGCUUACGAAAAGUGUUUGAAGCCUGUAUAAUUAGCACAGUGCUCUACAAAACAACUCAUUAAAAUCGCGCAACUCGAAUGCAACCCGGUUGUAACCACGAUACAUGUAUAUACAUACAAGCGACUGCCUGCUACUGCUAUUUACUUGCUUCCCUUUAACGCACUUCAAGCAGUCUUUCGUGGACAACGCGCCGACUCGCACCACUGAUUUUGUCCUCUCGCCUCUCGAAGCGAAUCGAAACAGAGAAAAUAUUUGUAAAUGAGAUUCGUCCAAAUUUUAGAUUAGUUUAUAAAUAAAAUUGUGAUAAAAAUAACUGUUGAAGUUGAUGAGAAAGUCGCGGUGCUCCAUGCAAUAAUUAGAAUUCCAAAGAAUCAGGAUUUAACUAUUACAAAUUGACAUACAAUUCACAUAUCAGCGAAAAUGUACAGUGUACAUGUGACACCAGGAAGAUCCACGGAGCGAAAGAAGAACUCAGCCGACAUGGAUAACGAAAUCAGAACGUAUGGAAAACAGAGGAAGGAAUCGAUUUCUGUGAAGCUGAUAAACUACAUCCGUUCGCAGUUUCAGUCGGAUGCUAUGUCGGAAGGAGAACUUGAAGGACUCGGGGGCGUUUUAGGGAGCUCCGGGGGCGCCGCGCUUGCUCUUAGCGGCCGACACAAGCCGGAGGAGCUCGCCACCCUCGCGGCUACCACCAGGUUCUCGCGGAAGGAAAUCCAGCUGAUCUACCGAGGUGUCAAGCAGGAAGGCCCGACCGGUCUGGUCGACGAAGAUGCCUUCAAACAAAUCUUCUCGCAAUUCUUUCCGCAGGGAGACGCAAGUCAAUACGCUCAUUAUGUUUUCAACACCAUGAAGAGGAAACCGUCCGGCAAGAUAAGCUUUGAGGAAUUCCUCACUAUAUUGUCGAAGGUGUCAAGAGGAUCGGUGGAGGAGAAGUUGCAAUGGGUAUUUGGUCUGUACGAUCUGGAUGGCGAUGGCUUGAUAAGCAAAGAGGAAAUGCUGGAUGUUGUGGGCUCCAUUUACGAGAUGUUGGGUCGUUACACGCAACCGCAAAUCCUUGAGCCGCAGGUGGCCGCUCGCGAACACGUCGAUCGUAUCUUUCAUUUGAUGGAUGCGAAUAAGGACGGUGUAGUGACCAUCGAAGAGCUGGUGCAGUGGUGCUCCAAGGACGAGCAAUUGUUGCGAAGUCUCGAUACUUUGGACACCGUAUUAUGAGAAUUUAAUGUUCUAUCGGAAAUUUCAGUAUCAGAUUAUCAAAUAUAUACGCUUUGAGCAAUGAUUAUGAAAUAUCACGAACUUGUCUAUUAAUCUAUUCUGCUUUGGUUUUGUAGAUAAGAGGAAUAUGUAAAUUUUCAAUGAUUUAAUAAUUAUACAUAUGAAAAAGAAAAGUUGAUUGAAAGCAUUAAAAAGAAUUUUCUCAAAAAAAAAAAAUCUACGAAUUAAAUCUACGAAUCGUCAGCCUAUAAUUUAUAAGAGUAAUACAAAAAGUGCAAUAAUUCGACAUUUGCGAAAAAAAAA